AUGACUACAUUGGCUCCAGAUUAUUAUAAUCUUGGCCCUGAGGAUGAUGCUGAUAUCGAGCUGUGCAACCUGGAUGUAAACCCUUUUGAAGUCAUCAUCCAAACCUACAUGCACUCCCUCAUCUGUGCCUUCGGUUUGGUCGGUAACAUCCUCGUGGUGGCCACUUACAUCUUCUACAAGAGAACUAAGACAAUGACGGACGUCUACCUUAUCAACGUAGCGGUGGCUGACCUGACCUUUGUGUUGGCUCUGCCUUUUAUCAUAUAUAAUGAGCAGCACAGCUGGCCUAUGGGCACUGUUGUUUGCAAAGUGCUAAGGUCAGCCUACAGCAUCAACCUAUACAGCGGUAUGCUCCUCCUGGCGUGCAUCAGUGGUGAUCGAUACAUCGCCAUCGUCCAGGCCAGACGCUCUUUUGGGGCCCGCUCCAGUGCCCUCAUCUACAGCCGCAUCAUCUGCACUGCUGUGUGGGGUUGUGCAACUGCUUUAACACUGCCCACGCUUAUAUACACAGACCGCUACGAAGAGGCAAGUCUGGAUUCGGUGACCAUUCAUGUAAUGUGUGAACUGGUUUUCAGCAAAGACGAGACGGCAAAGUUAAUCAAAAAACUGGUUCCCUGCCUACAAAUGGCUAUUGGUUUCCUGCUGCCCCUUGCGGUGAUGCUGCUGUGCUAUUCCCGCAUCAUGUGUACGUUAAUUCGAGCGCAGAGUAGUCAGAGGCACAAGGCUAUCCGUGUGGUCUUGGCUGUGAUGGUGGUCUUCAUUGCGUGCCACCUCCCCUACAACGUGACUCUGCUCAACCAGACGCUUGCUCUGUUUAAGCAGAGAGGUUGUCAGGGAGAAAGAUUCACUCUCAAAGUUCUGGCUAUUACUAAAAGCAUUGCCUAUCUACACUGCUGUCUCAACCCCAUCCUCUAUGCGUUCAUUGGGUCCAAAUUUAGGAGCCACUUCAGGCAAAUAGUCAUUGAUCUGUGGUGCUUCAGUAGGAAGUAUAUCUAUCCGGCCCGCUCUUCACGUGGCACGUCGGAUGUCUGCAUCUCAGGCUUGAAGUCUUCAAAUGGCUCCAACAAUAACUCCUCAUUUAGUGCGUAA